UGACGUCAAAUUCAAGAUGGAUGGAAUCACAGCGGCAGCGGCGGCUGUGGCGCGCGCGAGCCGAGUGUGAGCGGAAAGGGGCUCGGCGGCUGCCCCGGGGCUGAAGAGCGGUGAGUAACCGUCACGCCCCUCGGCCCCGGAGGACGUCGGGCCGCGGUGGGGGGCGACAGCGUUCCCGCAAAACGCGGCCUUUCCUGACGUAACUCUGAGAUGAGUGCCACGAUGGAGAGCCUGCUGCACUACAUCAACCCAGCGCAUGCCAUCUCUCUGCUCAGUGCCCUCAACGAGGAGCGCCUCAAGGGACAGCUGUGUGAUGUGCUCCUGAUUGUGGGGGACCAGAAGUUCCGAGCCCAUAAGAACGUCUUGGCUGCCAGCAGCGAGUACUUCCAGAGUUUGUUCACGAAUAAGGAAAACGAAUCGCAGACUGUCUUUCAGCUGGACUUCUGUGAGCCAGAUGCUUUCGAUAAUGUGCUGAACUACAUCUAUUCCUCCUCCCUGUUUGUGGAGAAGGGCAGCCUUGCUGCUGUGCAGGAGCUGGGCUAUAGCCUCGGCAUCUCCUUCUUGACCAACAUUGUUGCCAAAGCCCCACAGGCCCCCUUUCCGGCAUGUCCCAGCAGGAAGAGAGUGCCAGUGGAGGAUGAUGAGACCAGCUCUCAGAAGCGAAGCGUCAUCGUGUGUCAGAGCAGAAGCGAAGGGCAGGGGAAGGCCAGCGGGCCUGCUGCACCUGACCUCAGCCAUGCUGUCCGGCCCUCACAGAGCAUCACAGUCAAGACCAGCUCCAGCAAGCCACAGGUGGCCAAGCCAGCAGAGCUGCACCACAGCCUGUCCUUGCCUGAAAAGAGCUGGCCAAAAGACAGUGCUGCAGUGUAUGCAAAGGCCCUGGAGCAUCCUGUGGCUUUGGAUGAUCCUAGCAGGAGCAGUUUGGUAAAGAGAAAUGCAGCCCUGCCCUCAAAGCCUCCACAGGACAGAGAGGCCACAGAUGAUAAGCCAGGGCUGAGCAGCCAGCUUCCAAAGGGGAGAGCGAUAGAGCUCGCUCUCAAGAGACCACGGCCACCUGUUCUGUCCCUUCGUAGCUCGUCAGAGACUCCUUAUCUCUUAAAGGAAACUAGCAAAGGAAGUGGUCAAGGGGAGGACAGGAACUUGUUGUACUAUUCCAAGCUGGGCUUAGUGGUCCCGUCCAGUGGACCUGCUUCUGCAAAUCAGAGCAUUGACAGAAGUGGCCCGCUAGUGAAGAGUCUCCUCAGGCGGUCGCUGUCUGUGGACAGCCAGGUUCCUGUGUACUCCUCCUCCGUAGAUCUGAAGCCCUCCCAGGGAUCAUCCCCUGUGGCUAACGAUGCACCAGGAACUGUGUUCUGUGCAGUGUCUCAGAAGUCAGCCUUGAAAGAUGCUAGUGAGAAACCAGCCCUCGAUGACAGGGUUCCAGUGCUACAGCCACAUCGCCUCAGGUCCUUCAGCGCUUCUCAGUCCACAGACAGGGAGGAGCCCUCCCCUGUGACUGAGGUGUGCAUUAAGACAGAGCCCAGCAGCCCACUGUCAGACCCCUCUGACAUCAUUCGGGUCACCGUGGGAGAUGCAGCAGCGGCUACAAGAGACCUGCCUCUGAAGACGGAGGAGGACCAGAAGGACAUGAGCAGACUCCCCGCCAAGAGGAGGUUCCAGGCAGACAGAAGGUCACCCUUUAAGAAGGCAAGGGCGGAUGAGCACGGGCCUCCUGCCUCGGAGAACUGUGAGGUCACGAGUCCUCCCCCUGACAGCAACUUCCCAGAUUCUGACUUAAACAAAGAGGAAUUUGGUGAGUUGGAGGGGCCGAGACCAAACAAAAAAUUUAAAUGCAAACAUUGCCUUAAGAUCUUUAGAUCAACCGCGGGUCUUCACCGCCAUGUUAACAUGUACCAUAACCCAGAGAAGCCCUACGCUUGUGACAUCUGUCACAAGAGGUUCCAUACCAACUUCAAAGUGUGGACACAUUGUCAGACCCAACACGGCAUAGUGAAGAACCCAUCGCCAGCCUCUAGUUCCCAUGCAGUUUUGGAUGAGAAAUUCCAGAGAAAGCUGAUUGACAUAGUGAGAGAGAGGGAGAUUAAGAAGGCCCUGAUGAUUAAGCUGAGGCGCAGCAAGCCUGGCUUCCAGGGCCAGAGUAGCUCCCCAGCACAGCAAGUCAUCAAGAGGAACUUGCGCUCCCGAGCCAAAGGGGCCUACAUUUGUGCUUAUUGUGGAAAGGCGUACCGCUUUCUCUCUCAGUUUAAGCAGCACAUAAAAAUGCACCCAGGAGAGAGACCCCUCGGAGUAAAUAAAGUCGCUAAGCCAAAAGAGCGGGCUCCUCUGGCCAGCGCGGUAGAAAGCAAGGCGCUGUACCCGUGCCGCCUCUGUAAUGCUAAGCUCUCUUCUCUUCUAGAGCAAGGCAGCCACGAGCGCCUGUGCCGGAACGCCACCGUUUGCCCUUACUGCAGCCUCAGGUUCUUCUCCCCGGCGCUGAAGCGGGAGCACGAGGACAGCUGUGAGUACCGGAAGCUGACCUGCCUGGAGUGCAUGCGCACCUUCAAGUCCUCCUUCAGCAUCUGGCGGCACCAGGUCGAAGUGCACAACCAGAACAACAUGGCCCCGGCCGAGAACGUCUCCCUGCCCACCCUGGACCACAACGGCGAGGCUGCAGCCACGUCCAGGCCCCAGGCCCAGGUGGAGCCCAGUAAGAUCAACCACGUGGCCACGCCAAAGGAGGACACCGUGUGCAGCGACUCUUCGGAGCAAGUGAACUUCGAUUCUGAGGACUCCUGCCUGCCGGAAGACCUGAGCCUUUCAAAGCAGCUCAGGAUCCAUGUCAAAGAGGAGCCCGCGGAGGAGGCUGAGGAGGAGGCGCCCGAGGCCAGUGUGGCUUCCAAGGAGGCCGCCCCCAGCAAGGAGGCCGGCCUGUGGCCCUGCGAGAAAUGCGGGAAGAUGUUCACGGCGCACAAGCAGCUGGAGCGGCACCAGGAGCUGCUGUGCUCCGUGAAGCCCUUCAUCUGCCACGUGUGCCACAAAGCCUUCCGCACCAACUUCCGGCUCUGGAGUCACUUCCAGUCCCACAUGUCUCAGGCCACAGAGGAGCCUGCUCAGAAAGAGGCGGAGGCGGGUCCUGUGCCCACAAACUCCCCCUCCCCCCCUCCCCUGCCUCCACCACCACCCUUGCCCAAGAUCCAGCCCCUGGAGCCCGACAGCCCCACAGGCCUGCCUGAGAAUCCCACCCCGGCUCCAGACAAACUGUUCGCACCCCAGGAGUCAGACACCCUCUUCUACCAUGCCCCUCCCCUUUCUGCGAUCACAUUUAAAAGACAGUUUAUGUGCAAACUCUGCCAUAGGACAUUCAAGACCGCCUUCAGUCUCUGGAGUCACGAACAGACACACAAUUAAAGGACCCACUCUUCUAACGUUUCAAGAAACAGCAGGCCCACAGCCUGUGAACUGUGUCCUAAGACAGAAUAUUUUUUAAAAAAGAAUAAUAAAGGUUGGAAAUUUAUGCUUGAAUUUCAGUUUGAGUGAACCAGUACUGGCUAGGAGUGUCUCAGCUUCAGAAGCAGACUUUGAAGUGGUGCGGUUCAGCAGCUCAGCAGGGUGGGGUCUGGUUACCACUGAAACCGGAUUCAUGUUGACCAUUACAUGGUCCCAAGGUGUCAGUGUAAUCAUUUAGUCAAGGUUUUGUUUGUUUCUCCUGAGUUCUGUUAGUGGACUCUGUGGUCGAGUUCCUUUCUUCGAUUUUUUCACACACCUAAGUCCCAGCCAUGUUCUUAAGGCCAAAAAGGUAGGUGGAAGUGGGCAGCUUUCAGUGUUGUGCUAGAUCUUAGGGUACCUUAGCAAUAAGAAGAGAAACCUCAGCUUCAAUAAGUUAUCCUGACACUUGAUAAAGACAAAUAUUUGGUGUUUUGUGGUCAUAUAAAUCUUUUUUUAUGAAAAUUGUGAGAAUUUAAAUCAGCAAUAGCCACACGUAGAUUUUUCUAACAAGUUCUGGGUCACUUUGUGUUAUCAGUGAUGGCCACUGCUAAGGAAUGUGGAGGAGACAUGAGCGUGUGGUUUGGGGGAGAGCUCUCAGUAGCCAGGAGCUCUGUCCUAAUAGCCUCUGUGCUGCAGCGUGGUGUGUGGGCUGCACCACAGCAUGGCCUCCGACUGGCAUUUGAGAACUGUCAGUACUCAGUCUCCUCUGAUUUGGGUGUCCCGGCUCGAACAGCAUAGUGUGGUUGGGACAGACAGGGCUAAGUGCAGCAGCAGGGGUGGGAAGGCAGUGAGCUAGACCCCCUGCUGAAGGCCUCAGAGCUGCACCACAGCCUAGACCACCAUUCCUCCAGGGACUUGAGAACAGGGAGGAAGUGCCACCUGCAGCUUCCACGUGCCUCCCAGCAGCCGGACACCACAGUCUCUGCUUGUCUCUGAAGACAUCCCUGGGUGUGUUGGGAUUCGAGGUGGAGAGACUGGUGUGAGUAGAGUCACUGCCUGAUACUCAGAUGUGUGUUCAAGAGCAAGGAAGGGUCCAGACUUAAGUUUUGCUACUUAUUUUGGUGCAUAGGGUUUGGGCUCCUUUUCUCCCGUUUCUUGUAAAUUGUAAUUAAAGCCUUUCAGUAAGUGUGAUCCAAAGUUCAGUGGCAUAUAUUUCAAAAACUGAUUUCACUUGUGAGGGAAAGGGUUAUAGAGAUAUAAGGAAAAUGUUUCGGAACUCCAAAUUCCUCUUAAGCUGGCCAUGACAUGAUGAUUGAGUUUCCAGGUAUGCUAAAAUGUGGUAUUCCACGUUUCAAAAUCAGAACUGAUUGAGAAUCAUUUAAAUGAAUGCUCCAGCAGAAAUGCCUUCCUACCACUCUGAUGACCAACAUUCCACACCCACAGUAACAAAGGCAUUCUCUAUUGAAACAGCAUUUUUAUAAAAUACUAAUUGACUUUGUAUCUUACAGAAACUCUGAAAUUUAGCCUUUUAUCCUUUCACUUGAAAAAAAGUUGUCAAAAAAAUCCCUCAUUAUUUUAGCAUUUCCUAUUGUGUUUCUUCCAUUUGGCGGAGAAGGGAAUAAAGUUAGGUUGCAGUUCUUGGUGCUUGCCGUGCUGUUUUCUUGAACUAUGCAUUUAGAGAUGAACUGACAGCAGACACCCUCUAGAGUGAGGGACAUCAGGUUUGGUCUUGCUUAUGGAAUUCAUGCCGUGUGCAGGGUCGUGAGUGAGGUGUUCUUCCGCUGAACGCCUCGGAGCUUUAAGACAGUGUCCCUGAGUGCUCCCCUCCCUGGUGACUGGAGUAACAGGUAAUCCCAGAAGCCUGGCCUUGCACGUUAAGUGUCCCAGGACUUGAACCUUUAUGAUACAUUUUUGAAGAUUUAUAAAAUAACGUUGUUAAUCAGAAAAGAUAUUUUUGAUCUAAAUAUAGGCUCUGCAUAUCUGUUAGGUUUUAAGAAUUACCAGUGUUUUGUCUUGUUCACCUUUUUUGUCUAGGCAAGAAACAUAAGAUUUCAAAUAAAAUUUUGAACCAAAAACAUUUAUAAUGCAGCUCUGGCUUUUCUAUUGCGUUUUAUACUGUAUCUUAAAGGCGUCAGGCUGAAAGAGUUUAUUUUGGUGUCAAAAACUAAAUAUGCUUCCACUUACAUAACUAUUUUAAAUGUUAAAUAAUGAGAGACGUUACUCACUUUAUUCAGUAAACAGCUUUUAAAGAAUGUUUAUCUCAGCCAGCAGGCAAAUAUUUGGUGUUAAAUAAAUUGAUCUUUCACUGUUGCAAAUCUUUAGAUAGUAAAAAUAUUCUUGUAAAUGUUUUUCUGAUUGUAAUUAAGUUUUGCAAGUGUAGAAAGCUCAUUAUUUCUUGUAAGUAUUUAAGAUGCCUGCUUUUUUAUGGAGUUGUGGAAAGAAUGUAAAAUGUUUUAAUAUAUUCUUUGUUAAUCUGA